AUGAAUCAUUCCCCAGCGUGGGCGCCUAUUUUGGUUAGGACAACCAGCGAGCGCAUAAAUCCCGCAUCAUUGACUAUCCCUCUUGCCAACGGUCCUGCACCUACCGGAACUCAAAGAGGUCCCGCAACAUACUCUCAACCACCCACUGGCAGCAACGCGCCAGGAGGACCUCUUCCUCCUCCUGCAUCGUCGUCUCUCCCUCCCGUCAAUGGUCCCGCGCCUACUGGAGCUCAAGGAGGUCCCGCGCCAUACUCUCCCCCACCCACUGGCAGCAACGCUCCGACUGAUCCUAAAAUUCAGAGAGGACUUAUCGCUCCUCCCGCGUCAUUGACUGUCCCUGUUGUCAAUGGUCCUGCAUCCACUGGAGCUCAAGGAGGUCCUGCAACGUACUCUUCCCCAUCCACCAAUGGCCCAGCACCAAAUGAUACCAAGCCAGGUUCCCUUGCCCCAGUUGAUGUGAAACCUCAACCAACCAACGGUCCAGCUACAACGGGUCCGGCAUAUGUCGCUGCUCCUCCCGCGGGACAACCAAGCUCAUCCACAGGCAUUCCCCCUGUUGGCCCAGCCCCAUCUGAUGGCCCAGCUUCUCCAGCGUCGACUAACGGCCCAGUUGCUCCGGCACCGAAUUACUCUGCAGGACCCGCCGUUCCUUCCGUCGUUCCUACCGUCCCACAGGGCAACAACACUCCUUCCAAGUCUCCAGCGGGAUCGGUUGUUAAAGGGACAGGUGUUCCACAGGAGUGCACUUCUACGCUUCCUCCGAAGGGUCCCGCUCCGUCUGCUACUCCAUCUACGUAUACAUAUUGA